GGCGUCGGCGGGAGAGGCGGCUAGAGCUGGGCCGGAGUGGGGCCGGAGCGGGGCUGUAGGGCCGCAACCACUAUGCCCACCAACUUCACCGUGGUGCCCGUGGAGGCGCGCGCCGACGGCGGCGGGGACGACGCGGCUGAGCGGACGGAGGCACCGGGUCCCCCCGAGGGCCCGGAGCUCGACAGCCCCAGCCCGGGAGAUGGAAACCCAAGAGAAAAUAUCCCGUUCGUUAACAGCGUCGAGGUGGAGAAAGAGGUUUUCUUUGAAGGAAAGAACAUGGCACUUUUUGAGGAAGAGAUGGACAGCAACCCCAUGGUGUCCUCGCUGCUCAACAAGCUGGCCAACUACACCAACCUGAGCCAGGGCGUAGUGGAGCACGAGGAGGCUGAGGACAGCCGGCGGCGUGAGGCCCAGACCCCGCGCAUGGGCACUUUCAUUGGCGUCUACCUGCCCUGCCUGCAGAACAUCCUGGGCGUGAUUCUCUUCCUGCGCCUCACCUGGAUUGUGGGGGCAGCUGGCGUCCUGGAGUCCUUCCUCAUCGUGGCCAUGUGCUGCUCCUGUACACUGCUGACUGCCAUUUCCAUGAGUGCCAUCGCUACUAAUGGUGUGGUCCCAGCUGGUGGCUCCUACUACAUGAUUUCCCGGGCGCUGGGACCUGAGUUUGGAGGUGCUGUCGGCCUCUGCUUCUACCUAGGCACGACUUUUGCAGGGGCCAUGUACAUCUUGGGGACCAUCGAGAUUUUUUUGACUUACAUCUCGCCCAGUGCGGCCAUCUUCCAGGCGGAGGGGGCAGCCGGGGAGGCAGCGGCCAUGCUGAACAACAUGCGUGUGUACGGCACCUGCACGCUGGCGCUCAUGGCCGUGGUGGUCUUCGUGGGUGUCAAGUAUGUCAACAAGCUGGCCCUAGUAUUCCUGGCCUGUGUCGUGCUAUCCAUCCUGGCCAUCUAUGCAGGCGUCAUCAAGACCGCUUUUGACCCCCCGGACAUUCCGGUCUGCCUGCUGGGGAACCGCACUCUCUCGAGGCGCAGCUUUGACGUCUGUGCCAAGCUGCAUGCAGACAGCAAUGGCUCAGCAACCACCACACUUUGGGGCCUCUUUUGCAAUGGCUCCCAGCCCAGCGCCACCUGUGAUGAGUACUUUGCUCAGAACAACGUCACCGAGAUCCAGGGCAUCCCCGGCGUGGCCAGUGGUGUCUUCCUGGAAAACUUGUGGAGUGCGUACGCUCACAAGGGAUCCUAUGUGGAGAAGCAGGGCAUGCCCACGGCGUCUGUGCUUGAGGAGAGCCGAGCUAGUGGGCUGCCCUAUGUGCUCACGGACAUCACCACCUACUUCACGCUGCUGGUCGGCAUCUACUUCCCCUCCGUGACCGGUAUCAUGGCAGGCUCAAACCGGUCCGGAGACCUCAAGGACGCCCAGAAGUCCAUCCCGACAGGGACCAUUUUGGCCAUUGUGACCACAUCCUUCAUUUACCUCUCCUGCGUCGUGCUCUUUGGGGCCUGCAUUGAGGGCGUGGUUCUGCGAGACAAGUUCGGGGAGGCGCUGCAGGGGAACCUGGUCAUCGGCAUGCUGGCCUGGCCAUCGCCUUGGGUCAUCGUCAUUGGCUCCUUCUUCUCCACCUGUGGUGCUGGCCUGCAGAGCCUCACGGGGGCACCUCGCCUGUUGCAGGCCAUCGCUCGUGACGGCAUCAUCCCCUUCCUCCAGGUGUUUGGCCAUGGGAAGGCCAAUGGGGAGCCCACCUGGGCCCUGCUGCUCACGGCCCUCAUCUGUGAGAUGGGUGUCCUCAUCGCCUCCCUGGACAGUGUGGCCCCAAUUCUCUCCAUGUUCUUCCUCAUGUGUUACCUGUUUGUGAACCUGGCCUGUGCUGUGCAGACCCUGCUGCGCACUCCCAACUGGCGCCCGCGCUUCAAGUACUACCACUGGACGCUGUCCUUUCUGGGCAUGAGCCUGUGUUUGGCGCUGAUGUUCAUCUGCUCCUGGUACUAUGCACUCAUCGCUAUGCUCAUUGCCGGCUGCAUCUACAAGUACAUCGAGUUCCGUGGGGCUGAGAAGGAGUGGGGUGACGGCAUCCGGGGCCUGUCACUGAAUGCCGCCCGCUACGCCCUGCUCCGUGUGGAGCACGGCCCCCCCCACACCAAGAACUGGAGGCCUCAGGUGCUGGUAUUGCUGAACCUGGACGCUGAGCAGCGUGUGAAGCACCCCCGCUUGCUGUCCUUCACCUCACAGCUAAAGGCUGGCAAGGGCCUGACCAUUGUGGGCUCGGUGCUGGAGGGCACCUACCUGGACAAGCACUUGGAGGCGCAGCAGGCUGAAGAGAACAUCCGGUCUCUGAUGGGUGCAGAAAAGACCAAGGGCUUCUGCCAGCUGGUUGUCUCCUCCAACCUGCGGGAUGGCACCUCCCACCUGGUCCAGUCGGCCGGACUUGGGGGCAUGAAGCACAACACGGUGCUCAUGGCCUGGCCCGCGUCCUGGAAGCAGGUGGACAACCCUUUCUCCUGGAGGAACUUCAUUGACACCGUCCGUGACACCACUGCGGCACAGCAGGCCUUGCUGGUGGCCAAAAAUGUGGACUUGUUUCCACAAAACCAGGAGCGCUUUGGCGGUGGGAGCAUUGACGUGUGGUGGAUCGUGCACGAUGGUGGCAUGCUCAUGCUGCUGCCCUUCCUCCUGCGCCAGCACAAGGUGGGUGGCAGGGGCGGUGGGAGCAUUGACGUGUGGUGGAUCGUGCACGAUGGUGGCACGCUCAUGCUGCUGCCCUUCCUCCUGCGCCAGCACAAGGUGGGUGGCAGGGGCGGUGCCAGGUACAGGCAGUGCUUUGGCAUCUCUCCGGAAAGUCAGCCCCUGGUGAUGGCCAUGAAGCACCUUCUGCCGGGAGGCCUGGCGCAGGGUCCUAGGUCAGUUGCUCAUGGUCCUUUAGGUUCUGCAGCCAGCCUGGCCUCUCCCUUGCACUUGCCCAUGGUUAUCUCUGCUUCUCCCCACCAGGCCCAGCUAAUCCAUGACAGGAAUACCGCGUCCCACUCAGCUGUAGCCGCCAGGACCCGAGCCCCAUCCUCUCCAGACAAGGUACAAAUGACCUGGACGAGGGAGAAGCUGAUUGCAGAGAAGUACAAGAACAAAGAUACCAGUAUGUCUGGAUUCAAAGACCUCUUCAGCCUGAAACCGGACCAGUCUAAUGUGAGGAGGAUGCACACAGCAGUGAAGCUCAAUGAGGUCGUCCUCAGCAAGUCCCAGGAUGCACAGCUGGUCCUGCUGAAUAUGCCGGGGCCCCCCCGCAGCCGGCAAGGGGAUGAGAACUACAUGGAGUUUCUUGAGGUCUUGACUGAGGGGCUGAACAGAGUCCUCUUGGUCAGGGGUGGCGGCCGCGAGGUGAUCACCAUCUACUCCUAAUGACGGACAGCGCUGGGCUGCUGCGGACAAGCAGAUGGGCUCACCCAAGAUGCAGCCUGACCUGCCACUAGGGCCUCCCUUGGAAGUUUCUAGACCUAUCACCCAGGGCUUUCCUAUUCCAGGCAGGCUUAAAUGAUGGGCCAAGAGGGGAAUGCGGCUGGAAGUUUCUUUAUGUCUAAGGGGAGACAGCAGAAUGGAUGGGAGAAGCUUCUGGAAGUGCUUUCCCUGAUGGGGCCUGUUCAGCUGCUGGGGCAGUCAUGCUUCAUCUGCCUGUGCUGGACAUUCUUGAAAAGCCCAGCUGGGCUGAAGCCAUCUCUGGGCACUGACGGUGACACAGCAGCCUAGGGUUCACAUCUUCGUUCCUCUCCUGUGUCCAUGCACAGUAAGGUGUUAUGCAAAAGGACUCCAUCCAUGCCUAUACCCCUGGCUUGGCCUUGUGGCCUGAGGUCAGUGUACCCUCCCACGUGGGGAGUGGGCUCACAGACAGGCCCACAAUUGAGGCAGCCAAAUGGACAGGGAGCCCAGUUUGCAGGGUCAAAGCCAGUUGUCGCUGGGUAUGUGAGCAGAUGCCAGCGUCUUCCUGCCCUGGCUUGGAUCUGGGAAGGAGCCUAUUUGUCCGUCCACUGCAGUCCUGUCCCUGCCUCUGCUCUCCACCAGAAUCCACCCCCGCUUUUCCUCAUAGCACUGACCGGGCCCCUGCCCUGAGCACAGGCUGCAGAUGGUGGCACCUGCUGACCCCAGGGCAACACAUGCACAGUGAAUGCCAAGCGUUCCCCACGGUGGGGAGAGCCUUUCAGAACCACUGGCAGACAUGCUGUCCCACCCUCCCCUGGGCUCAGGCAUGGGAGGCCCAGAGCAUCAAGUCCUACUGAGCCUGAGUGUCCCCUGCCGUGGGCUCCUGGUGUGCACUGGAGUACACGGUGACUUUCAGGGACCUGGUGGCCAUCUGCACUUUGCCUUUGACCCCUCUGCUCUGUAGGUCAUGAUCAUGCUCACAGGCUGCAGGUGGUGACAGUGAUUUGUGCCUCCCUGCUAUGUGGCUUAUUUAUUUAUUUAAAGAGAUGCUAGGUUGUCAGUGAAGAGGACCCGAAUGGCCAUGCCGUUGCCUGCUUCUCUCUGGCUCUCAGGCUCCCAGGACUGUCCACACUGCAUGGAGCUGCAGCCAGGGCAGGCUUUCGGACGCUGCUGAAGAGCUGUGGACAGCAUGGGACACUGGCCUUAGGGCAUGUCCCAGAUGGUCAGCAAGUCUGGGGGCGCCUGUGCUAGGUUAAGCAGCAAAACUCAACUCUGAGAGUAAGGCCCAGAGGUGCUGUGUCCAAGCAGGGGAGGCUGAAGGCACGGCAGUGUCAGCACCAUCUCUGAGUGUUGGUCAGCAGCUGGGAGCGGGAGGCUGCUGCCAGGUGGCUGAAGCCUCGUUCCCUCAGAGUGCACUGCAUGGGCUCAGCUGUGUCGGGCCCCAGCACUGCCCACGUCAGCGCCCAGCUCCUUUCCAUUGUAAACAUGUGACCAGUAAUAGCAGCCAUUUAAAAGUGAUUUCAUGUUUUCCUAUUAUAGGUUCCUUGUCUUUGUAUGAUUUUGUUAGAAGAAUAAAAUCCUGUGAAACCUGG